CGGAACCGACUAUACCGAAAUAACUGAUAUCAGUAAUCAAGAACUUAUGGAAUGGGCUCAAUCGCAUGGUGAAAAUGGUGAUGCUGGAAUUUUAUGUAUUAAAAGAAGAUUUAAAUCAAAUUGGGGGCAUUUUCAAUUCGCUACAGUCGAAAAAGCAAAUAUGUUUCUUCAAUUAUUGGGUACCCGCCCACAUAAUAUUACAUCGGACAAAAAAAUAAAAAUUUCACCUCCAAGAAAUACG